AUGGAUCGUGCAGGCAUGCAAGUGGAAUGCCUGCAACAAAACAUCGCGGACUUGCAACUAAAGCUCCUGGUGAAGGAGGUCGUACAUGCACAGGUUUUGGCUGCAGCCUUGAAAUGCUGUUCGCUCCGCAGCCAAACUUCGCCUUCUAGGCCAGCCUCUCCGCUGCUCGGGAUCACCCAGCCGGCAGAAUCCACAGUUCGGCCCGGCUCCCUCCUCGAAAGCAGAGAUCCUCCGGAAGAAGCUGUGGACACACAAUCCUCCUGGAACUCUGCGACCCUCGAUCAUGAUUCUUUGCCGAUCCAGGGUCAAGCAGAGGUCCGUUGCGAUGAUGAGGCAGUGAUGAGUCUACUUCGUGAGUUGCAAGAGGACCUGGCCACGGCCAGAUCGCGGCCGGAGCCGCGGCCCAGCACAGCAACAAUGGCAAGCCAGCUGCCAAUCGACCCACACCGACUGGAAGAGUUGGUAGCUGCCAACCUGAGCCAGUGGGUUUACCGCGCAGAUGACGUGUCUGAACCUCUUCCGGAAAUUCCUGGUAUCUCGCUUUCUGCAGACUGUCUUCGGGAAGACUUGCACACCGGGAGCGUGAAGGUGGCACUUGUCACAGCAGAACUACCAGGAAGACACCGCACGCUCUUCGUGGUGUUCAAAGGAAGCUCAUAUUUGCUUGAUUUCAUCAACUGGAAUUUGGAACAUGACUACGAAGUCAUUGGCGACGGAACACACUUCAUGCACAAAGGCGCUGCUGGAAUCAUGCGCAACCUCUUUUUCCUCAAGGUUCAAAGGGCUUCGUCCUUUGCCAAACAACUGGAUGCUGCUUACAACAGCGGGGUUCGGCAUUUGGUGUUGACGGGCCAUUCUUUGGGUGGAAUGUAUGCGAUGUGCAGCAUGUACUUCAUCUGGCGUGAGAUGCAGACGUUGGUUCCUGAGCGGAGUAACCUCAGAGGCCCAGGCCGUGCUCUCCUCCGUGUGGCGCGCUGCGUGGCUUUCGGUGCGCCCAUGUGCUUCGGUCAGGACAGCACGAACGAGCCCAGUGACGAGAAGUUUGCCAAGUUUGAGACCUUCCUCAAAGAGAAGGCGGUAAACUUCAUCAAUGCAGGGGACCCGUGCCCACGGGCCUGGUCCGCUGUGGAUCCACGGGCGGUUAUCCGAGAGGCCGCUGAGGCGAUGAAGGAGCAGCUCAAGGAGCGAAGCUUGGUGAGCCGGCAAAUCGCCACCCGCGUGAUUCAGGCGCUCUCCAGCGCUCUGCUUUCCCGGCCCGACAUGGACCGCCAUAUUGCCGGUUGCGCAGCGGGCUUCCUCCAUCUCUCAAGCAUUCGUCUGUUGAGCCGGGAGGACCGGUCUUCUUUUCAUUGGAAGCGGGACUUCCGUCUAAGCCGACAUGGCUUCGCAGACCACGCCAUGUCCGAGUACUGCGAGUUGCUGUUCGAUGCGUGCUAUGCCGACCAGCCGACGUGUCACAUGUACGAUGACGAUGAUGCCGGGACGAAGGUGCCACUGACGCGCAUCCGACCCAGUUUCGUGGCCCGACUGCGGCGGUCCAACUCCGAUUCUGGCAUGCUGGAAGCUGAUCCGGCAGAGUCCACAAACCCAUCAGAGCCCACAGCGACUGCAAGCUCAUCGUCGAUUUCUCCUGCCUCGGGGCCGCCAUCGCUGCAAGAGCUGGUUGAGGCUUUGGAGCAGGGCCGGAUGAACGCCCUGGAGGGUAAGUCCGUAUGGGAGGCCUUGCUGAGCUACAAAGCCAAGGCGACGAGUCAGGGCCACUUCUCUCUCGGCUCGGCCUGGAUUCGACUCGAUGAUCCGAUCUCCCGGGAGACAGUGACCAAGGCCAUUCACAAGUACCAGAACACCUGGCCAGAAACCUUGGAGGCCAAGGGCCGUUUGCAGAUGGCACUCCGCGAAGCGCAGCUGCUGCUGCUGGCCUUGGAUGCCUAUAGCUCGCACAAGGCCAGGCUUCCGAAUCCAAUGAAGGGACCACAAGCAGCUUUUGGAGGCCAGUACGUGGCAGACAGCCUUCGGCCUUGGGGAGAUGAAGCGAAUGAAGCGACUGAUACUGUUAUGCCGCAAGAAGCCGUCGAUGGGAUCGUCCAUGCUUGGCUUCAGACCCUGGAGAAGAAAUGGGUAGGUCUCAACCGGGAUCCCGGUGAGCUUAGAGGUGUCGGGAAGCAAUCUAACUUCAAGCAGGAGGCGAAGGUCGCGGCACUGCGCGUCCAAAGCGCUCACAAGGUGGAGGUGGAGUUCGAUGUGGUUCCAGGCAUUCGAGCCCACGACAGGAUCAUUUUGGGCAGCGAGGUGCAGUGCCGAGCAGACUGCGCCGAAGAGCACAUCACCAGCUUGAGGGGUCUGGCCGCGGGAGGCCACGAAGUUGCUGCAACCCCAAACCCAAGGAGGUUUGUACUGCAGACCAAUCUGCCGACAGUUGGAGGACGUUUUGGGAACCAUGGCAAAUGA